AUGGAUCACAGCCAUCACAUGCAUUCCAUGGAGGGCCACGGCGGUGGUGGCAUGGACGACAUGUGCAGCAUGAGUAUGCUCUUCACCUGGGACACGACCAAUCUCUGCAUCGUCUUCCGCCAGUGGCACAUCCGCUCCAACACCUCCCUCGUCCUCUCCCUCAUCGCCGUUGUCCUCAUCGGCAUCGGCUACGAGUUUCUGCGCUCGGUAUCUCGUCGUUACGAGGCGUCUCUGGCGGCGCGACUGGAAACUGUACCUAACGCCACUGCGCAUGCCUAUCGCGAUGAUGAUGAUGAGGAGAAUGUUACUGAGACAUCCGCCUUCCACCGCUCAGGACAAAACCGCGAAAACGUCAGCAAGCGAGGCCACGUCAUCAAAGCUACGCUCUAUGCCAUUCAGAACUUUUACGCCUUUAUGCUCAUGCUCGUCUUCAUGACAUACAAUGGCUGGGUCAUGGUGGCUGUCUCGCUGGGUGCCUUCCUCGGCUACCUCUUGUUCGGUCAUGCUACAUCGGCCACAAAGGACAACGCUUGUCAUUAG